CUCAGCUGAGUACAUGGCCCCAGAGGUGGUGGAAGCCUUCAAUGAGGAGGCAUCGAUCUACGACAAGCGCUGUGACCUGUGGAGCUUGGGUGUCAUCCUGUACAUCAUGCUGAGCGGGUACCCCCCCUUCGUUGGCCACUGCGGCUCUGACUGUGGCUGGGACCGGGGCGAGGCAUGCCACACCUGCCAGAACAUGCUCUUUGAGAGCAUUCAGGAGGGGAAGUAUGAGUUUCCUGACAAGGACUGGGCUCACAUCUCCUUCGGAGCCAAAGACCUCAUUUCCAAGCUGCUGGUGAGAGAUGCCAAGAAGCGGCUCAGCGCAGCCCAGGUCCUGGAGCACCCCUGGGUGCAGGGGUGUGCCCCGGAUAACACCCUGCCAACCCCUAUCAUCCUGCAGAGGAACAGCAGUGCCAAAGAGCUCACCUCCUUCGCCGCCGAGGCCAUUGCUGUCAACCGCCAGCUGACGCUGCACGAUGAGGACGAGGAGGAGGCGGCGGAGGAGGAAGCACGACCCAUCAUCAUCAAAGCUACCUCACGGGCCAUGCAGCUCUCCCCUCCCUCCGAGUCCAAGCUGGCCAAGCGGCGGCAGAAGAGCAGCCUGGCGAAGGCCGUGGCUGCUGGGCAGCACCUGGUGGCCCCGCUGGUCCUGGUGGCCGACCAAGCCUGA